AUGGCGGACAAAAGGGGUCAUCAGCACGAGGACAUCCUUGGAAACAAAGGAAGAUCGCCACACGGCGGCGUCGAGAAGCAAAACAACAUCACCCACCCUGCAGGAGUCGAAGAGAUCCUCGAGUGGAUCGACCGCAUCUCCGAGAACUCGACAAAGGCCGGGGCGGAGCACGAUCACGAAGACGAGCUCGUGCCGUUCCCCAGCGCCUCCCUCAACCUCAACCUCACCCCCGACGCCGGCGCCGGGCCGAGAGGCCUGACGACGCCCCAGAGCACCGUCGCUCCCUCGACGCCCUCGCUGCGGAUAGACACGCGACGGUUCGGCAUGGUGUCGCCCAAAGACUACAAGCCCCCGUGCGGCACGUGGAGCGAGAAUGGCCAGUAUAAGCGGGAUACCUCUGAGUCAGCUUGA